GCCUCCCGUUCUCGUGAACGAUCGGAACCCCCGGCCGGACGGAGUGGAUCUAUCGUACGUGCGUCGACCAUGGCCACGCGCAGCAGCAGCACGAGCCUCGCCCUGAUCGUCUCCUCCUCCGUCCUCCUCCUCCUCCUCCUCGCCACCGCCCCCAUCCUCGUCGUCGACGCCGCCCUGCAGGACGUGAAGGCGACGUGCGCCAAGACGCCGAACCCGAUCUUCUGCACCAUGGUGCUCUCCGCCGACCCGGACAUCAAGACGGCGACGACCGAGCGCGCGCUAGCGGAGCUCGCGAUCAAGGCGUCGGCCCGGCUCGGCGCCACGGCGGGGAGCUACGCGCGGCGCGAGCUGGACCUGGUCAAGGACAACCUGCUGUGGCAGUGCCUGGACGAGUGCGCGCAGGACAUCGAGGACGCCGUGUCGCACCUGGACGACGCCGAGGGCGAGGUGGACGACGCCAAGUUCAACCUCGUCGCACAGUACCUCCAGCUCUCCGAGCAGGACACCUGGUCCUGCGACGAGAGCUGCCGGGACACGCCGCCCUGCCCCGUCAGGACCGCCGUGCUCGCCAAAAACAACGACUUCGAGAAGAUGAUGAACAUCACCAACGCGCUCAUCAAGGUCGUCCAAGCUUCCGCCAAGCCCGCCACAGCGCUGCCGGCCAAGCCAUGAGAUUUACAGUUCCAAGUUCCAAGUUCCAACUGAUGAUGUGAUAUCCGUGAAGACCAUAUAUUACCUAUACACUCCAUGUGUUACUAGAUAUAUAGGCUACUAAUUGUAGUACUCUACUACUUCUUUUAUUUUGCAAACAAAUUAAUGUCUAUGACAGAUAAAUAAACUGAAUCCAUAUUAUUCCUCA